UGUGUGUGUGUGGUGUGUGUGUGUGUGUGUGUGCCCACGCACAUAACUCAUUCUUUGGAAUUCCCCCCAUGGGAAAGCAAAGGAAGGAAGCUGAGAGGAGGAUGGGGCGAUUGCAUCCUGUACCCUUUACGGGGGUGUGGCCACAACUGCCUCAGCUGAAGGGACAUAAAAGUGUUAUGUUUUUUCACUUUGGAUGCCUGAAGAAUGAUAAGUCUUGCUGAAAGGCAGAAGUGGCUCUCAGUGCUGUUCUUAGAUGUACAAGAGUUUCCUGGUAGGGGCCUGCCUGAAUCCCACUUAGUAUUUCCUUUCUGGAUCCUUUGGGAAAGAGGAAGAGAAGCAGGCACAUCAGUGAAGUGGACCUGCUGCCUUGACAUCAGUUCUUGCCACUUCUAGCAAUGAAAUUGCAGAGUGGGUAGGCCAACUCCAUGAUUUUAGGGAGAAUGAAUCAUUUUUCUUCUUGCUGCUUCCUAAAUCUGAUUUGAAGUAAUGGAUUCUACCCUGGGAAAGGCAGAGAGGAACUCUUUGGGAUUAUAUGAGAUGAGAAUUCUCCAGCCAACUUCUGGGAUUCUAAAAACAGGGGCGUGACUGGAACACAAAAAGGACAAAUUGUAUGGAGAAUUGAGCCUGGGCCAUAUUUUAUGGAACCGGAGAUAAAAAUCUGUUUUAAAUACUACCAUGGCAUCAGUGGAGCCCUGCGAGCCACAACCCCCUGCAUCACCGUGAAGAACCCUGCUGUGAUGAUGGGGGCGGAAGGCAUGGAAGGAGGUGUGUCAGGAAGUUCGCACUCUCGGAAACUCGUCAGCUUUACACUGUCAGAUCUCAGGGCGGUUGGUCUAAAGAAAGGCAUGUUCUUCAAUCCUGAUCCGUAUCUUAAGAUGUCCAUCCAGCCAGGUAAGAAGAGCAGUUUCCCCACCUGUGCCCACCAUGGGCAGGAGAGAAGGUCUACUAUCAUCAGUAACACCACGAAUCCAAUUUGGCACCGAGAGAAAUACUCCUUUUUUGCACUUCUAACUGAUGUCUUAGAAAUUGAAAUUAAAGACAAAUUUGCCAAGAGCCGUCCUAUCAUCAAACGUUUUCUGGGAAAACUAACUAUCCCGGUCCAGAGGCUGCUGGAGCGGCAGGCCAUCGGUGAUCAAAUGCUCAGCUACAACCUUGGCAGAAGGCUCCCAGCUGACCACGUGAGUGGGUACCUCCAGUUUAGAGUGGAGGUUACAUCUUCUGUUCAUGAAGAUGCUUCCCCAGAAGCUGUGGGCACAAUACUUGGCGUCAGUACUGUGAACGGAGACCUAGGAAGCCCUUCUGAUGAUGAGGACAUGCCAGGGGGCCACCAUGACAGCCAAGUGUGUUCCAAUGGACCAACAUCUGAGGAAAGUGCUGCUGAUGGGACCCCCAAACAUUCUCUCAGGACUAGCUCCACUUUGGAAAUAGACACAGAGGAAUUAAUCUCUACUUCUUCAAGGACCUCACCUCCCAGAGGGCGUCAGGAUUCACUCAAUGAUUAUUUAGAUGCUAUUGAACAUAAUGGCCAUUCCAGGCCAGGGGCAGCUACUUGCUCGGAGAGGUCCAUGGGAGCCUCUCCAAAACUAAGGAGUAGUUUUCCCACGGACACAAGACUCAACGCGAUGCUUCAUAUCGACUCAGAUGAAGAAGAUCACGAGUUUCAGCAAGACCUGGGUUAUCCGUCUUCCUUGGAGGAGGAAGGCGGAUUAAUAAUGUUUAGCAGGGCAUCCAGAGCUGAUGACGAUGGGAGCCUGGCAUCUCAGACGAAGCCAGAAGACAACCCAGUUGAGAAUGAAGAAGCCUUCGCAAAUGAAGCUACUUCCUUCGAGGAUAAGCCGGAAAAUCAUGCAGAGCUUGCAGAUAGCACCUUACCCUCAGGCCCAUCCCCAGAUGAAAACGAAAAUGGCCCAGAGUCUCAGCAAAGUGCUGACCAGGGCAGCGGUGAGUUGUGUGGUUCUCAAGAGAUGGAUCAGCCCACAAGUGGGGCAGAUACGGGAACUUCCGAUACAUCAGGAGGAAGCCGAAGAGCUGUCAGUGAGACUGAAUCACUUGAUCAGGGGUCUGAGCCUUCCCAGGUGUCCUCUGAAACGGAACCCAGUGACCCUGCCAGGACAGAGAGUGUGAGUGAGGCCAGCACCAGGCCCGAGGGAGAGAGUGACCUGGAAGGCGCCGAUAGCUCUUGCAAUGAGAGUGUUACCACGCAGCUGUCCUCGGUGGAGACACGCUGCUCGUCUCUUGAGAGUGCACGGUUUCCAGAAACCCCUGCUUUUUCUUCUCAGGAGGAGGAAGAUGGAGUCUGUGCAGCAGAGCCCACCAGCAGUGGCCCUGCCGAAGGGCCACAGGAGUCCGUUUCCACUCCUGGUUCUUUACCUGUGGUGCAAGUGCCCAGUGGGGAGGAGGAAGGGCCAGAAUCAGCUACUUUGCCUGACCAAGAGGAGAUGGGAGCGGUCUGGCAGCGGAGGGGGAGCCUGGAGGGAGCCACUGUUGAGAACCAGCCCCAAGAAGAGGGUGAUGCUGGGGAUGCCCAAGGCACUUGUGAAGGGGCCACUGCCCAGGACGAGGGUGCGACGGGAGGUUCCCAAGCCAACGGCCACCAGCCAUUGAGAUCACUACCUUCAGUACGCCAGGACGUGAGCCGAUACCAGAGGGUGGACGAGGCGCUCCCACCAAACUGGGAGGCACGCAUUGACAGCCACGGGAGGAUCUUUUAUGUGGAUCAUGUAAAUAGAACCACGACAUGGCAGCGGCCGACAGCUCCCCCAGCCCCACAGAUGCUUCAGAGAUCCAACUCCAUCCAGCAAAUGGAGCAGUUGAACCGGCGAUAUCAGAGUAUCCGCAGAACCAUGACUAAUGAGAGGCCUGAGGAAAAUACCAGUGCUCUUGAUGGGGCAGGGGAGGAAGCUGACUUUCACCAAGCCAGUGCAGAUUUCCGACGGGAGAACGUUCUUCCCCACUCUACCUCCAGAUCCAGGCUCACGUUGCUGUUACAGUCUCCCCCUGUGAAGUUCCUCAUCAGCCCAGAGUUCUUCACCGUGCUGCAUUCCAACCCUAGUGCCUACCGCAUGUUUACAAACAACACGUGUUUGAAGCACAUGAUCACCAAAGUCCGGCGGGACACCCAUCACUUUGAACGUUACCAACAUAACCGGGACCUUGUGGGAUUCCUCAACAUGUUUGCAAACAAACAGCUGGAGCUGCCGAGGGGCUGGGAAAUGAAACAUGAUCAUCAGGGCAAGGCAUUUUUUGUCGACCACAAUUCCCGUACCACCACUUUCAUCGAUCCUCGGCUCCCGCUUCAGAGCAGUAGACCCACAAGUGCACUGGUUCAUCGGCAGCACUUGACCAGGCAGCGCAGUCACAGUGCGGGUGAGGUAGGAGAAGAUUCCCGACAUGCAGGACCACCUGUUCUUCCCAGGCCAUCCAGUACAUUCAACACAGUCAGUAGGCCACAGUACCAGGACAUGGUUCCAGUGGCUUACAAUGACAAGAUUGUUGCAUUUCUACGUCAACCCAAUAUCUUUGAAAUUCUACAGGAGCGUCAACCUGAUCUUACCAGGAAUCACUCACUCAGGGAGAAGAUUCAGUUUAUCCGAACUGAAGGAACCCCAGGAUUGGUGCGUCUUUCAAGUGAUGCAGACCUUGUUAUGUUGCUGAGUUUAUUUGAAGAAGAGAUAAUGUCAUAUGUGCCUCCACAUGCCUUACUCCACCCCAGCUACUGUCAGUCCCCACGUGGCUCCCCUGUGUCCUCUCCUCAGAACUCGCCAGGUGUGUCCCAGAUCUCUCACCUGAACUCCAGUUCUCUAUUUUCAAGUGUCCAUAGAGCAGUUGCCCACCUGACCAGCUAUCACCUCCAACUCAGUACUCAGCGUGCCAAUGCCCGGGCUCCAGCCCCUUACAAGCGAGAUUUUGAAGCCAAACUAAGGAACUUUUACAGGAAGUUAGAGACUAAAGGAUAUGGACAAGGCCCAGGAAAAUUAAAGUUAAUUAUCAGAAGAGAUCACUUACUGGAAGAUGCUUUUAAUCAAAUUAUGGGCUACUCCAGAAAAGACCUGCAGAGAAAUAAGCUAUAUGUCACAUUUGUUGGUGAGGAAGGGCUGGAUUACAGUGGACCAUCCAGAGAGUUUUUCUUCCUGGUAUCCAGAGAACUCUUUAACCCGUAUUAUGGCCUAUUUGAAUAUUCAGCCAAUGAUACAUACACAGUACAAAUAAGCCCCAUGUCUGCUUUUGUAGACAAUCACCAUGAAUGGUUUCGGUUCAGUGGUCGGAUCCUUGGUCUUGCACUCAUUCACCAGUAUUUGUUGGAUGCCUUCUUCACACGGCCGUUUUAUAAGGCUCUUCUCAGAAUCCUGUGUGACCUGAGUGAUCUAGAAUAUCUUGAUGAAGAGUUCCACCAGAGCCUGCAGUGGAUGAAAGAUAACGAUAUCCAUGACAUCCUGGACCUGACGUUCACUGUGAACGAAGAAGUUUUUGGGCAGAUUACGGAACGAGAAUUGAAGCCAGGGGGUGCCAAUAUCCCAGUCACAGAGAAGAACAAGAAGGAAUACAUCGAGAGGAUGGUGAAGUGGAGAAUUGAGAGGGGUGUUGUACAACAAACAGAGAGCUUAGUGCGUGGCUUCUAUGAGGUGGUGGAUGCCAGGCUGGUAUCUGUUUUUGAUGCGAGAGAGCUGGAACUGGUCAUUGCGGGCACAGCUGAAAUAGACUUAAGUGAUUGGAGAAACAACACAGAAUAUAGAGGAGGAUACCAUGACAAUCAUAUUGUAAUUCGGUGGUUCUGGGCUGCAGUGGAAAGAUUCAACAACGAACAGCGACUAAGGUUGUUACAGUUUGUCACAGGCACGUCCAGCAUUCCCUACGAAGGAUUUGCAUCUCUCCGAGGGAGUAACGGCCCAAGAAGAUUCUGUGUGGAGAAAUGGGGGAAAAUCACUGCUCUUCCCAGGGCCCAUACUUGUUUUAACCGUCUGGAUCUGCCCCCAUACCCAUCCUUCUCCAUGCUUUAUGAAAAACUCUUGACAGCAGUUGAAGAGACGAGUACCUUUGGACUUGAGUGACCUGGAAACACAAUACCCAGCUCCUUAAAUGGGCAGCAAUUUCAGAAGCUGCCCUCUGGAAAAAUGACUGAACAUUUGAAGUUUCAAAACUAUUACAUUAGAGUAAAGCAGACUGCUGUUACUUUCCGGGAACACAUGCUUUGUCACUUUUGGGGACAAGAUAGUGGUUUUGAGUCCUCUUGGAAGAAUUUGGGUAAGCUUGAUACCCUGGGAACAACCCAACAGUCUUUCAAUCAACAGUUCUUCUUGACUGCCAAACUUUUCCCAUUUGUUUUGUUCCAAGACAAAGAUGAACCCGUACAUGAUUAGCUCUAGGGUAAUUUUUUGGGAGUCAGGAGAAUCUUGAAACUUACCCUUGAACAUGGUUCAAGCCAAACUGGCAGCACUUGGCCCAAUCUCCAAAUUAGUGCAAGUUAUAUAAUAAAAACAAAUAUAUUUCCUGAAAAUACAUUCAUUUAAGCCCUAAAUUUUGAGAGAAUAUUCAUUUCUCGCUUAUGAGUGCCUGCAUGGUGUGCACCAUAGGUUUCAACUUUCAUGGAAAACAAGUGAAAAUGAAGCCAAGUCAACAAGAGGUAACUUUAGAGACUUGCAAUAAGGUGGUCUGUGACAAUUUAUAUGCAAGUGGUAUGUGUGUAAUUAUGGCUAAAGACAAACCGUUAUACAAUGAAUUACUAAUGACAAAGUCUAUGCUUUAUAAUGCAUGAAAACAGUUUUAACUAACAAUCACAGCAUAGCAGGAAACAGUGAGUUCUGUUUAUUUUUUAUAGCUUCAUUAUAUUUAUGUUCUUUAAGAUGUAUAUAAGAACCUACCUAUCAUACUGUAUGUAUCACCUGUUCCAUUUUCAUGUUCCAUGCUUACUUGAGCAUCAUGCUAGUUAUGUAUCCUUUUAAGCACUCUCAAGGGAAAAAAAGGACCUUUUAUUUUUGUAAAGGCAAAAAAAAUUUCCCCAAAAUAUUUUGCACUGAAUGUACCAAAGUCGAAGGGACAUUACAAUAUGACUAACAGCAACUCCAUCACUUGACAAAUAUAAUAGGGAAUAGCUUCUAAAUCAAACUUCCUUCACAGUGCCAUGUAUACCACUACCAGGACUGUGCAUAUAAGUAAUAAUUUUUUAAGACUCACUAUAUGUGAUAGUAUAAUAUGCAUUUAUUUAAAAUGCAUUAGACUCUCUUCCAUCCAUCAAAUACUUUACAGGAUGGCAUUUAAUACAGGUAUUUCGUAUUUCCCCCACUGCUUUUUAUUUGUACAGCAUCGUUAAACACAAAGCUCAGUUAGAGAGCCAUCGGUAACACUGAAGAUAUCAGCUCUCUUUAGUAAUAAGAAUUCCAUUUUUCCUCAUCAGUAAAGACAUCACAAAUUGAAACUCUGAGCACUGUAUUUCUAAACGUGCAUUUUCACUGAUGCAUAAUUUUCUUAUCAAUAUUAAGAAACAGUUUUCUAUGGUAUAUCAGAAACUGCAUGGCAUCACUAAUUUUAUUUCUGCUUAAUUUUACCAGGGGGUGUCCUUCAUCUUAACUGCUUCUGGGUUUAUUCCACAUCAUUGUUCAUUACUUGACUUAAGGCCAGAAUGCAUCAGACGUUCAAUAGAGUGAAGUUAAAUUGUGGGUAAUAAAAAUAUUGUAUUAACGUUUGGUUUGUCAGCCUAUGGUUUUAAUAGGCAUUGCCUGAACAUUUAUUUGAGAAUUAUGUCUACAAGUAGCCAUGGAAUUCCUAUUAUGGGAUGUUGGCAGUCUUUCGUUUUGUAGAGGUCAUGUGCGUGGUUUGCAUAGGAAGUUUUUAAGAACUGAUUGCUCUCUAGUUGGUUAAGCUGCAUUUACCAUGUGAGCCUCAAGAGGAAUAUCACUCGUGUUACAUUCCUGCAUUGAAGGCGGGUACUACAAUGUGGGGAGAUGGCCUGGAAAAAAAAAGGAUACAGAAACUUGGAAAUAAGAAAGAAAGGCCUAUGUACCAUAAUUGGACCAAAAAAAGAGAAGACAAAAAAAUUUUAACUGGAAUGUAAGUUUGUAUUUAUUGAUCACGAAUAUAAGUAUAUAUUUAAUUUUGCAAACUAUUUUUACUUGUUUGUAUUUUUUUCAUUAUAAGGAAAAUGCUAUAACAUACUUUGGAAAAAACAUAUUUGAAGGUGUAUAAGA